AUGAUCUAUUUGAAGACCAUGCUCAAAGUGAUCGACAAUUCUGGUGCAGAGUUGGUCGAAUGCAUCAAGGUACUAAGGAAAAAUCCGAAGAACUUUGCCAAAGUGGGGGAUAAGAUCGUUGUGGUUGUUCAAGACGCAAAACCACUUUCUUCCCAGAUCACAGGUGCAGCUGCCACCAACAGAGUGAAGAGAGGAGACAUUUGCCGUGCAGUGGUGGUUAGAACAAAAGCUCCCAUACAACGUCCUGACGGAUCAGUGGUGAAGUUUGAUGAUAAUGCCUGUGUUUUGAUCAACCAGAAGAAUGAACCAAUCGGCACAAGAGUGUCCAGCGUGGUGGCAAAAGAGUUAAGAAAGAAGAGCUUCAAUAAGAUUGUUUCUUUGGCUCCUAGAGUUCUUAAGGAAUCGGCAAUAAGUUCACUCAAUGUAUUGGAUGCCUACUCAGUACAGUCGUUCAACUCGAUGCCAUACCAAAAACUUGCGGAGAAUCUAAGGCCGCUAUUUUUGAAAGGUCUCCCGAAAUCGAGAGUGCUCAAGCAGUUUGCACAUCUCAACCUCAUCGCCAACUACGAAAAUUCUGCCUACAAAUUCAACAAUGUUGCCAAGCUGGAACUCAUUUUCAAAAAGAUGAAUGCUUAUGGACACAUGGGAGCGCGGAAGUUCUGGGAGAAUAACCUUAAAACUGUCUGUUUCCACAAUCCACAACUUGCAAUAGAGGUGCAAAGGGUGGACUGUGCAACUAAAGAAGAACAGAUGAAAUGUCCCAGCUUACUUAAGGUACACUUUAAUGAUGGCCAAAUAAAAACGAUAGAUUGCAAAAGCAAACAGCACCAGGACAUCAUGAAGGAAUUGGUGGAUUUGACAAAUGCGGAAAAGGUGCCAGAAGACCAAAUCCCUGUAUUCUCGUACGAGGUGUACGAGGAUAGAAUGGGAAGGAAAUAG